CCCUUCAUGUAGACAUACAGGGCACUCAUCUACAAUAUUUAAGGUCAAAAAUGGCAAAUAGUCUCUCGUUUAAAACAUUUUCUGUAGACAUAAGAAUUAUCUUAAUCAUUUUUUUGUUGCCUUAUCCUUUUCUAAGUGACGCGAGGCAAGAAAAACACUUCCUCUUCUACAAGUUUACAGGCUUUUGCAAAGCAAUCACGUUUCCUGUGUUCAAAGCUGUCGGUGUCUGUGAUGGCAGACAGAUCGCUCACUACAGUAAUGAAGAAAGAGUUUGGAUAAGAUCGAGUCUGACUGCAGAUAACUGGAUCAAUGCUCCUGAAGAACCACCUGAUUCUAGAGACUGGUUCCUACAUCAGUUAAACACUCUGUCAAACUGCACAGACUCUCAGUGUUCUGAGCUCCAUGUUCUUCAGAGAAUGAUUGGUUGUGAACUGGAGAAGCUUCCUGAUGGAACAGUGAGUCUGAGAGCAUUUGAUGAAUAUGGAUUUGAUGGAGAGGAUUUUAUGGCCUUUGAUUCUGACACUCUGCAGUGGAUUGAUAAAAACCCCAAAGCUAAAGAAACCAAAAUGAAAUGGGAUCAGCAAACAGAACGAAACCAAUUCCUCAAGCAAUACCUGAAGACCUGCACUGACGGGAUCUCCACGUUUAACAACACAAAUAAGACUUCACCAGAUGUUCGUGUGUUUGUGAAGAAAGCUCCUGAUCAAAGUAAGCUGGUUCUGAGCUGUCUGGCCACUGGUUUCUACCCCAGAGAUAUUGAGAUGUACAUUAGGUUGUACGAAUCUGUUCUUGUGAACCAAACAUCUUCUGGAAUCAGACCAAAUGCUGAUGGAUCCUUUCAGAUGAAAACCAGUGUGGAGAUUGAUGCAAAUCGCACAGGGAUUUAUGACUGUCUGGUCAUUCACAGCAGUCUGACUCAGACACAGCCGAUUGUAACAGUAUAUUACCAGAAAUCAAGUGAAUCUCUGUGGUCACUUAUAACAGGAAUAAUAGCAGCAGCUGUAGUUAUAUUUCUCUCUGUGAUUGGUUACUGCUUCUACCAAAAGAAAAAGUCAUUUGCUCUGAUGAGAAGUUACUCAGUUAAGUUGGAGUGAUUGUUCAGAUCCCCAGUCCAGCGAG